AGCCGGCCGCGUUGGCAUCUGGGUUCACACUGUCCUUUCGAGCACCUCCCACAGCCGUGUCCCGUUGACAAGCACACUCCCUUCAUCCGAAUCGACCGCAUCUCUUCCUUGGGAUCACUGACUGGCGAAUGCUUCUUGCAUAGACGAGCAGCUGCACGAGCGCCGUUGUCUAACUAGGAGGAGGGCCGGCGACGAGGGCCGGUUAGAAUGUCCUACUUUGCCGCUCUUCAAUCCGCUCUCUUUUACUUUCUCGCCUGCACACCAUGCACCAAGAUACAGGCCCACCACAGGAGCCGGCAGCAUGCCAAGAAGGAGAGGGCCGUGAAGGAGCGUAUCGUUAUGGAACAGCCGCACUUAUACCGGCACCCAGAACCUUACAACACCAACCCCUAUUGGGAUGAGGAAAUCAGGAUGGGGCCGAGUUUGCCGAGGAAAGGCAAGGGUGGGGACCGGGUUAGUAAGAGUCUGAGCCAACGGCGACUGACAGCUGCGAGUCGGGACGGCCGUCCGAGUAUUGGCACCGGCAGUAGCGUUGUUGUUUCGGUUUCUGAGAUGGGCUCCAUAGCCAGUCCAAGGCCUUCGACCUGCCCAGCCAGUCCAGCAGGGCUCGGAAGUGCUCCGACUGUGGUGGAGGAGGAUCACAUGGGCCCGGCACUCACCAAGAACCCCUCAGUAUCAACAGCCGGCGACUGGAAUCUCAAACGGUAUCAACGCGAGGAUGAGGAGCUGUGGGGCUAUGAGUCGUCGUGGACAGGUCACAAACUCAUGGACGCCAUCAAGCAUGCCGGCACAAGCGCUGGUCGUUACGUCGAGUCGAAGCUCGGAAUUGAGAAACAAGUAACGGAAGAGGACCGGUACAACUUCUACUUUGCACCCAGAAACCCUCCAGUCAACGAAUACCACCCGCCCGUCGUCAGUAGUAAGCCCGCAAACAAGGAGGCGCUUCGUUGGAUGCUGCAGCCUCCGCCUCCGGCCAAGGUCAUGGACGGCAAGGUGCCCGUAAGUAGGAGCAGCAGCAUGAUGAGCGUCGGUUCGAGGAGGACAGUCAGCACCUACGAUGGAAGUUCGCUAGGGAGAAUGGUGGGCGAGAAGGCCUUUGAGGCCAGGAUCCGAAAGGGCGAGAACCCGUUCGACGGCGAGUUCCGGUCAUCGACGUCUCUGGCUAGGACAAGAUCCCGCGUGGCCAGAGCUUCGUCAAUAGCGAGGACGAAAAGCCGCCGUACUGCAAGAACCAACAGCUUCACAGAGUCGGAGGACUCAUCAGACGAGAAAUUUGGUGGCUACAGAAGGAAACGACUGAGCCACGCGGCUGUUGCUCCCGCUAAUGUGGGAUCUGAUUCUGAAGACGAAGACGACUACGCGCCAAAACGCCUUGAGGCUCUUAGUCACAGCUCCCUGCCGACCCAUGCGGCGCAGAAGCCGAGGUUGCCUACCAUUAUGAGCUCCGGAUCUGACGAUAAAGAAACGGCUGUGAGCACAGAGAAGGGCGUGGCGAUGUCCCCGCUCCAACAAAUCACCAACGCAAAGUCAGAACCAGACUUGACGAAACUGAAGGUUGAACCUGCUUUGUCGCCUGCUCAACCUCACGUGGCGAUACAAGCCUAGCACCGCGGCAGAAUUCUGGAGCCUUGUCGGCCGUUCUUUUCCUUUUCCACUUGAAAAUUUGUUACUCUUUUGUCUGUUGCAAAGUCGGGCUGGUAUAGG